CGUUGCCAGGAGCACCAAAACGACAAGUGACAUAUUUUUGUGGCGAGAUCUGAUUGCUUGAUCAGGAAACUAAAACAUUACGGAAACCCCAUGAACAGACGGACAACAUUACUAUUUGUUCAUAAUAUCUCAUAAACGACUUAAAUGAGGUUAAAUGUAUGGAUUUUCAAUAUCUAUUACCAUGUCGUCAUAGUGACAGUUGGAAUGAAUGAAUAAGCUAUAUGUAUCGAUCUAUUUGUUGCACAGAGACAAUCUACGAGAACUCCAUAAUCCCCUUGGGAUUAAACAGGUUUAUUGGGCAAUUAUACCAUCUUCAGUGCGAAACGGAAUACUAGUAAGUAAAAAUCAGCAAUAUUGCAGUCCAGAAUUGGGAAUCCAGGGAUGCAAGGAAAACACAGACGUUAAAAAUACACAAAGGAUAGAGUUGUAGUAUCUAGGAUAUUGAUAGCACAACCCAUUAAAGGAUCAACAUUUUAUAUUGACAUGAAGUUGUAAGAACAAAGUAACCAUACUCUGGUCAUAUUUGCAUUAUAGAUCAACAAGGUGGAUCAUACUUAACUAUCGACAUUACAUAGGAUAUGAUCAAGGAAUCCUCUAAGUGAGAUUUAUUUUUCGAUGAAACUCCCGGGAUGAGACUAUAGGCCUACAUUAAAUAAUUUAUCAUAUUAGUAGUUGAUAAUCAUAAUCGGAAUAAGACAAUCAAAAUGAGCCACAAACCAAAUGGGACGAACGAAAAGAUACCAGCGUUGCAAUCGCGGCGGCAUUCUAUGAAUCCCUUGCCAAAUAAGGGAAAGCAGGGGCUUGUUACACGAAGAGAGAUGACGCUGCCACCUAUUCAGCCCGGCCAUAUGGCCGCAUCUGGUGGACGCAGGACUUCUACGUAUGGACACAAUAUGGGCAGGAGAGGUUCGCGAAUGCCUAAGAAACAAGAACCUAAAGUUGAAGAACCCAAGCCAUACGCGCCAUCUUUGAUCGGUAUCCUCGCUAGCAAACGAUUUGCGAAGCGUAUUGGAGCAAAGUUUGCCCAACGGCGUGCGGAAAGAGCUGCGGCGUUGGCUGCAAGAAAAAAGGAACCAACUUACAGACUUGAACCCAAAGAAAACUUUGAUUUUAAAGCAACGAAAGAAGUUGUGGAUGCGAUACUGCAAGAACGACUUGCAACUUAUAAAUACACACCAAAAUUGGCAGUCAUCAUGUCCAGAGUUUUAACCGAGGAAGUAAGGAAUGAGGUUAAGAAAUUAGGAUUUGAUCGAUACAAGAUUAUAGUACACGUGACAAUUGGCGAAAAUAAGGCCCAGGACAUGCGGAUAACUAGCAGGUGUGUUUGGGACCCGAGUGUUGACACAUUUGUGACCAGUAACUUUCAGAACAGCGAAGUAUUCUGCACGACCACUGUAUAUGCUGUAUAUUUCAGUUAAAGCAGGUUUUCGCACAUUGAUCAUCCCAGGGACAUCAUCAUGUACCAGGCAUUCUAUACCACUUUAUCAAAAUUCAGUAUCUCGGAGAUUCCCCACACAUGUUUUAAAAUCACACAAAGUGAGAUAUCUUUUCAUUUAUCGGACAGAUAAUGUUUUGCUUUACUAGACAUAUUUUCAUCUGCAGGGUUCUCACUAAGCUUUUAGACUUCAGAGCUCCACCGUUCUCUAAUGAGUCCAGACUCUCCCACCGUUGUCCGACAGCUCUACCGUAAUCGAAAGUGUUUCAGAAAAAAAUCCUGAGUCUAAUUUGACAUUCUUGUCACAUUAUUUGUGGUAAAACUCUUGAGAAUACUUAAAAAUAGAUACAAAGAAUAUAAACGUCUUUUUGAAAUGCGUAUUGUGAUCAAAUUACCAGAUACUCUUCAGUGUUUCCGAUAUAAUGCCUCAAAGUUUGAGAUGUCAAAGGUCAAACUUUGUAUAAGUUUAUAGUCAUACGCUUGAGGAUUUGUCCUGAUGACGCAAAAAAAUCCGGGGUCUAAAACUUUUUUCUGGUGAGAACCCUAAUUUUGUAUAACUAUCAGAGACAUAAGGUUGGUAUAAAAAUUGAUCCACUAGAACUGUUGAAUAGUUUAAUGGAACUUUCCUAUACAUAUAAAGAAGUUAUUCACCAGGAGGGAUUUGAUAUGGGGAAUAUCAAGAGGAUGCUGCGUUCCCUCAGGAAAUAUUGAUAUCAUCAGAGGGGUAUUUCUCCAGUCUGAUUCCUCAUAUCAUCCCGACAGGUGAUUAACGACCUUAUACCAUGGUCAAGAAAAAUGAAAAUUUUCGGGAA